GGUACGGCCUGACGUGGCAUGUGCGGGGCCGCGCGGGUUCGGGGUUGCCAGGCCCGCCUGCCGCCUCCCCUCUCUAGUGAUCACAUCCGAGGACCAUGCAGCCCCUAUGGUCCUGCCUGUCAGCCCAGGGGCAGUGAACCUGGACCUGCAGAAUCCUGGGGAACCCCGGGAUCUGCAGUCGAGGUCGUCCACACCCACGGCUCCGAGCAAGGUUGAAAAGGAGGGGCGCCAGCCCCAUUUCCUGUCUGUGGCUCGGUGGCGACCCGAGGGGCUGUUUGGGGAAAGGGUUGGAGAAGAUGGAUGUUGAAGAAAGGAACCUUGCAUGACUAGGUGAAAAUGAGUUCUUCAGUAAGAAGAAAAGGCAAGCCAGGCAAAGGGGAUGGAAAGGGAUCGUCUAGAGGCGGAAGAGGAGGCAAAGGUCACAUGAAUAAAUCUCAUGGGGGUGGAGGUGGCGGCGGCGGUAGCUGCGGCGGCGGAGGCGGCGGCAGUAGAAAGGCCUCAAAUAGAAUUUGGGAUGAUGGCGAUGACUUUUGUGUCUUCACUGAGCCCAAGCGCCCGUCCAGGCCCUGCGACAGUAACAAAAGCAAAGGAGAGACACGGCCUAAGUGGAAGCCCAAAGCCAAAGUGCCCCUUCAGACGCUGCACAUGACAUCAGAGAAUCAGGAGAAGGUGAAAGCCCUUCUGAGGGAUCUGCAGGAACAGGGUGCGGACGCGGGAUCCGAGUAAAGUAUCUUGUUUGAGUACAUUUUAUACCGAGGAGAACCCGUUGGCAAUGCAAAUGGCCCUUCAGCACUGGGUACUGUCUCCGUGAAGCAGUGGUUCUCAGCCUCCCUAACGCUGCGACCCUCUAACACAGCUCCUCAUGGUGUGGUGACCCCCCCAGCCAUAACAUUAUUUUCGUUGCUACUUCAUAACUACUGCUUUGCUACUGUUGGGACUUAUAAUGUAAAUAUCUGAUGUGCAGGAUAUCCGCUAUGCGACCCCUGUGAGGGCCGUGACCCACAGGUUGAGAACUGCUGGUGUGGAGCCUGUUGUGGCUACACAGUUAGCUGAAAGUGAGGCAAGAGAGAUAGAAGAGCAGUUACCCAGCCACAGCUUUAGAAAGAGGCACCUCUGGGGAGGAGGAAGACAGCGAGCCCCAGUGUGGCGAGGAGCAGGGCUGGCCAGCUGGACAAGAGCCUAUCUUUCUUCCUGACUGCAGUCCUUGGGAAUAUAUAGGCCCAGAAGAAGUGGAGCCUCCUGUGCCAGAAUGUGCAGUCUCACCCUUGGCAGUGCAGAAACUUUCCAGGUACGGCUUCCACACUGAGCACUGUCAGCUGGCCCUGAGGAUCUGUGAUGGAGACUUAGGGGCGGCACUAGAGCAUCUUCUCCGCCAGUGUUUCUCAGAGACGUUUGGAGAGAGGAUGGCGCUCUCUGAGGCAGCUGUUUAUGUGAGCUUGAAUGAGUGUGUGGAGCAGAGACAGGAAGAGACGCUUGCUCUCAAGUCCAUCUGCGGAGAAAAAUUCAUAGAAAGAAUUCAGAACAGAGUCUGGACCAUUGGAUUGGAACUGGAUUAUUUGACAAACAAAUUCUGCAAGUCUAAGCAAAAGGAAAGUAGCAAAAAUGUACGGGACACUUCGCCUGAAACCUGUAAAUUUUACCUCAAAGGAAAUUGUAAAUUUGGAUCAAAAUGCAAAUUCAAACAUGAAGUGCCCCCACAUCAAAUGAUUGGGAGAGCAGAAAGAAACGUAAAUGACCCUCACCUUGACGCUGAUGACGACACAACCUUUAUGUAUGAGCUUCAGAUUCGCUUUUCUAAAGACCACAAAUACCCCUACCAAGCUCCCCUGGUGGCAUUUUAUUCCACCAAUGAGAACCUACCUCUGGCUUGUCGUUUACAUAUUUCUGAGUUCCUUUAUGGCAAGGCCUUGGAAUUUGCAAAAACUUCAGAACCUGUUGUCUAUUCUCUGAUCACCCUUUUAGAGGAAGAGUCAGAGAUUGUCAAGUUACUAACACACACUCAACAUAAGUAUAGCGUUCCUCCUGUGAACGUCCCUCCAGUACCUUCCGAGACCAGAAUAAGUAAACCUGCCUACCGCAAACCAGUGGUCCCAAGUAACACUUUCCUUUCUAAUCAAAUGCUAGAAGGGGAAAGAUUGUCAGAACUCGAGGAGGAUGCCGAUGAGGAUGAAGGACCUGCAUCAAUUAUCGUGGAGAAUGAAAGCUAUGUGAACCUGAAGAAGAGGAGUUACAAAAGAUACGACAGGCCGGCAAAGUCCUUAUUUGCUGAGAACAGUAAGAUCUGCAGGCAGUUUCAGAUGAAACAGGCUUCCAGACAGUUCCACGCAAUUCUGCAAGAAAGACAGUUACUGCCUGCUUGGGAAGAGAGAGAGACCAUUCUGAAACUGCUGAGCAAGCACCAAGUGGUUGUCAUAAGUGGUAUGACUGGAUGUGGGAAAACCACACAGAUUCCACAGUUUAUCCUGGAUAAUUCUCUGAAUGGGCCACCCGAGAGGGUGGCCAACAUCAUCUGUACCCAACCCCGACGGAUCUCUGCAAUCUCUGUUGCUGAACGGGUUGCUAAAGAAAGAGCAGAACGGGUGGGUCUGACUGUGGGAUACCAGAUUCGGCUGGAAAGUGUCAAGUCCUCAGCCACCAGACUGUUAUACUGCACCACAGGAGUGCUGCUGAGAAGGCUAGAGGGAGAUGCGACUUUGCAGGGAGUCACCCACAUCAUUGUUGAUGAAGUUCAUGAGAGGACAGAAGAAAGUGACUUCUUACUGCUAGUUUUGAAGGACAUUGUGAUGCAGAGAGCGACCCUCCAGGUCAUUCUCAUGAGUGCAACUCUGGACGCUGGGCUGUUCUCCAAGUAUUUCAGCUACUGCCCAGUCAUCACCAUCCCAGGCCGUGCAUUUCCUGUUGAUCAGUUUUUCCUGGAGGAUGCGCUGGCUGUGACGAGGUAUGUGUUACAGGACGGGAGCCCAUAUAUGCGUUCCAUGAAACAGAUUGCGAAGGAAAAGCUUAAAGCCAGGCACAACAGAACUGCACAGGAGGAGGUAGAGGAAGACCUGAGGCUGUCCCUCCAUCUCCAGGACGAGGAGGAGUCUGUCAAAGAUACAAUACCUGAUCAACAGUUGGAUUUCAAGCAGCUCUUGAUCCGUUAUAAAGGGGUGAGCAAGUCAGUCAUCAAGACAAUGUCUGUGAUGGAUUUUGAAAAGGUCAACCUUGAACUAAUAGAGGCCUUGUUAGAGUGGAUUGUAGACGGCAAGCACGCCUACCCUCCAGGCGCUGUCCUUGUGUUCUUACCAGGGCUGGCAGAAAUCAAGAUGCUUUAUGAGCAGCUACAGUCUAACUCUCUUUUCAACAACAGACGCAGUCACCGAUGUGUAAUUCACCCGCUGCACUCAUCAUUAUCCAGCGAAGAGCAGCAGGCGGUGUUUGUGAAACCUCCAAUGGGUGUAACUAAGAUUAUCAUUUCCACCAACAUUGCUGAGACGUCUAUAACCAUUGAUGAUGUUGUGUAUGUCAUCGAUUCUGGGAAGAUGAAAGAAAAGAGAUACGACGCAGGCAAAGGAAUGGAAAGUCUAGAGGACACGUUCGUGUCUCAGGCCAACGCUCUGCAGAGGAAAGGCCGAGCUGGCCGAGUCGCAUCAGGGGUCUGCUUCCACUUGUUCACGAGCCACCACUACAACCACCAGCUUCUGAAGCAGCAGCUCCCAGAAAUCCAGCGAGUGCCCCUGGAGCAGCUGUGCCUCAGAAUUAAAAUUUUAGAAAUGUUUAGUACUCAUAAUCUCCAGUCCGUGUUCUCUCGGCUCAUUGAACCUCCACAUAUUGAUUCUCUUCGUGCCUCAAAAGUACGGUUGCGAGACUUGGGAGCCUUGACUCCAGAUGAAAAACUGACCCCGCUGGGUUAUCACUUGGCCUCUCUGCCCGUGGACGUGAGGAUAGGCAAGCUGAUGCUCUUAGGUUCUAUCUUCCGCUGUUUGGACCCUGCUCUCACCAUUGCUGCCAGCUUGGCUUUCAAGUCCCCUUUUGUGUCUCCCUGGGAUAAGAAAGAAGAAGCUAAUCAGAAAAAGCUGGAGUUUGCAUUUGCAAACAGCGAUUACCUGGCCCUUCUAUGUGCAUAUAAGGGUUGGCAGCUGAGUACAAAAGAAAGCGCACGAGCAAGCUAUAAUUACUGCAGACAGAAUUUCCUGUCUGGGAGAACCCUGCAGGAAAUGGCCAGCCUCAAACGACAAUUCACUGAACUGCUGUCCGACAUAGGGUUUGUGAAAGAAGGACUCCGAGCAAAAGAAAUUGAAAAACGAGCCCAGGGAGGAGAUGGUGUCCUGGAUGCCACAGGAGAGGAGGCUAACACAAAUGCUGAGAACCCCAAGCUGAUAUCAGCAGUGCUGUGUGCCGCUCUGUAUCCAAACGUAGUACAGGUCAAGACCCCAGAGGGAAAGUUCCAGAAGACCAGUUCUGGAGUGGUCAGACUGCAGCCAAAGUCAGCUGAGCUGAAGUUCGUUACCAAGAAUGACGGAUAUGUCCACAUUCACCCUUCCUCAGUGAACUAUCAGGUCAGACACUUCGACAGCCCCUACCUGUUGUACCAUGAGAAAAUCAAAACUAGCCGGGUGUUCAUCCGAGACUGCAGCAUGGUGUCUGUGUAUCCCCUGGUCUUGUUUGGAGGGGGCCAAGUGAACGUGCAGCUUCAAAGAGGGGCGUUCGUCGUCUCCUUGGAUGACGGCUGGAUCCGGUUUGUGGCCGCCUCCCACCAGGUGGCCGAGCUGGUGAAGGAACUCCGCUGCGAACUUGACCAGCUCCUCCAGGAUAAGAUUAAAAACCCCAGCAUGGACCUGUGCAGCUGUCCGAGGGGCUCUCGGAUUAUCAGCAUGAUCGUGAAGCUCAUCACCACACAGUGACGACUGGGCCUGGCCGCCUGCUCUGCACCUCUGCUCCCCGGCAAGGCACAGGAGCGCGCCUACCUCCCACGGAAGACUGGCUUGGGGCUGCCCCUGGGGUGCAGAGCCAGGGCCCCACAACCCAAGAGACAGUCUCCACACUGGUGUUUCUGAAAACGUGGGGACACUCCCAGCACAAUUUGGAGCGUCCGUGGUAGGACAGCCUAAAACCCAGCUUGUCUUUCUGUGACUGUACCAAACUGAAUGCAAUUCACCUCAUAACUUAAAACUGAAUGUUUAAUACAAUUCUGUCUUAAUCCAUGUAUCCUUUCCCUCCUAUUUUUUAUUAUGCAUUGUCUAUACUUAAUUGGUGAUUCUUUUCUCUUGUUUUUUACUGGGCAUGAGGAGAAAUGUUUGGUUUGGCUUUCCCCAUCAUAAUAAAGGAAAUGAAAGGAAGAAAGAAAUCAUGUGAGUAAGAAAAUAAAACUUUCAUUUUAGACCUGG